CAUCCUCAUCGCCCCAUGUAUGCUACGUGUAGACAGUCCCUCUGAAUAGAGACUGGGUACAGCGCAUACCGGGCCCGAGGAUUAAGGGACGCUACACUUUUUUGCGCUCCAGAACAGCUUCUGUUCUGGGGACUAUCUACUCUAGGCAACAACCUGGAAACUUCGAAUUUCUAUGCUUUACAUCCAAAUCUAGUCAACUUCGCAACCACUCAAGAAGAUGGCUGGAUCGACAACCAAGUCUCCCAAGCACUCGCGUAGUACUCGGGAGGCCCACCGCGCGAAGGUCGAUGCGAAGGUGGAUGGACUUCUUGACAGUUUUGCGAAAUUCUUGAAGAGUAUCCCGGUCGAGACACGAGCCACCCCCGAUAGGCGGUUCCGGACACUCGAUGACUCGAUGAAGCAUCUAGAUGAUGAUAUCACAUCGUUCAGACGCUCCGUGGAGCAGGACAACGAGUCCAGACGUCACCGUCGCACGACCUGCCGGACUGAGCUCUCAGACCCCGAGAACUCGUCCGGAGCACUCGCGAAGCAGGCACCGUCCGACCGCGAGGUCGAACGCACAGCACACGCAGAACUGUUCGAGCCCAAGGUCGAGCCCAUUCAGAGCUGCCAGGAGAACCCGACUCCGCCUGUUCCAACCGAGCCACAGGAGCUGGAAAGCUCUCCGACGAGUGGUGCGCGCACCGAGAUCGACAGCGCUGCCGCUGUUGAGCCCGUGUCUGAGCCCAAGGGGUCGCGUCCUGAGCAGAUCGAGCCCGACAUCGAGACUGCUCAGAGAUGUCCGGAGACUCCGUCUCCGAUUGCUCCCAGUGAGCCGACCAAGCUCGGCACCACACUCAAGAGUGGUGCACGCGCUAGGUUCGUCGACGCCGCCGUCGCCGAGCCCGAGUCCCAGUUGUCCGACAAGAUGACUCGGUCCUGCGCCCGGGAAGGCAUAGGGACGCGACCUCACGUCGCAUCCCCGGAUGUAGACGAGCUUCUGCUCGUAGAUCCACAUGUCGCGUGCUCAGAAAUGAGCCGCGACUCAAAAUAUACAACUAUCGCGCCGGACGACGUGCCCGACGCGGCCAGCAUCGAGCUCGACGCUCAAUGCGUCGAGCGUCACGCGCACGCGCCGAGAGCAAGCACUCCCAGCGGUAGCGCCGGAAGUACUCCUCUCAAUGCUAACCGCCACCUCGACCUCCACACUGGCAGCCACCGCCCGCGUGCAACCGCGUUCCAACCCGGUUCGCACUUCCCAACGGAAGUGCGAGCCGCGCUCUGUCUUUGGACAGCUGAACCCUUCGCGGUUCAGCUGAAGGAUCGACCGGUCAGUACCGACCGCCACCUCGCGGUCGGCAACCCCUCCGACGACCUGGCACCUCGCGGUACAAGACCGCCAGAUCCUUACUCUCCGAUCCUUUCCCUCCGCCCUCGCGCCUCGCAUCUUGACUCAGGAGGCUCUCCUCUCGAGUCUCAUGACUCUGGCGACACCCGUCGCGGCUCUGGCGACACACAGCCCAGCCGCACGAUCCAGGACUCACACGACCCGCGUGCAAGUCCAGCACCAGGCAACCAGGCUGCGCGAACCACGGGAAACGCGGAGCGAGGAGAAUGCGAGGAAAUCAGGAAAAGGAAGGAGGGGGAAGGGUGCGGGGCGAGCCUGAAAGACGAGCAGAGAGACUCAAUAAACGCAGGUCGUCGUAUGUAUAGCAGGCCAGGAAGGCGGCACUGUCGUGCUGCGGCACGACCUGACCGUCGUGCCCAUUGGUCUGCAAGGUAGCACU